UCAGAGAUCUCGGGCUGCCCCAUGCCCCAGCUCGAUCCCCGCGUGCUGGAGGUCUACAAGGGCGUCCGAGAGGUGCUGUCCAAAUACAGGAGCGGGAAACUGCCCAAGGCGUUUAAAAUCAUUCCUGCCUUGUCCAACUGGGAGCAGAUCCUCUACAUCACAGAGCCAGAGACGUGGACAGCAGCUGCCAUGUACCAGGCCACCAGAAUAUUUUCAUCCAACCUGAAAGAGAGAAUGGCCCAGCGGUUCUACAACCUGGUGCUGCUGCCACGGGUCAGGGAUGACAUCGCUGAGUAUAAGCGCCUCAACUUUCACCUCUACAUGGCUUUGAAGAAGGCUCUGUUCAAGCCAGCAGCCUGGUUCAAAGGGAUCCUCAUUCCCCUGUGCGAGUCAGGGACCUGCACGCUGCGGGAGGCCAUCAUCAUCGGCAGCAUCCUCACCAAGUGCUCCAUCCCCGUCCUCCACUCCAGCGCGGCCAUGCUGAAGAUCGCCGAGAUGCAGUACAGCGGCGCCAACAGCAUCUUCCUGCGGCUGCUCAUCUUCCUGGCCUUCCGCACAGACCAGCGGGUCCUGCCCGUGCUGUGGCACCAGAGCUUCCUGGCCUUCGCCCAGCGCUACAAGGAGGACCUCUCCUCGGAGCAGAAGGAGGCUUUGCUCGAGCUGCUCAAGUUCCACAGCCAUCCACAGAUCUCGCCGGAGAUCCGGAGGGAGCUGAUGAACUCCAAGACUCGGGAUGUGGAGGGGCAGCAGCCUGUGGCCAUGGAUUUUUUUGCAGGGAGAGGCAGGAACAGCUGCAGCCUGCCCUGCUCCCGGGAUGCUGCUGGAUGCAGUUGGGAGCCUGGUGCUUGA